UACUGCAGUAACUGCGCACAUAAGAAGGAUCAUCGCAGCAGCAGAUUUCACAGUUUACAGCGACUCAGCGUAAACGAAUUCAAACUGAUUCUUUUUAUAAUUUACUAUUUAGGAGCGACCAUAUGUCCACGUUUAACCCUGUAAACACUCCAGUAACGUUAUAAAACCGAGUCAAAUUCGCAUUCUGCAGAAAUGUCUGAGACAAGAAAGAGAAACCAAGCUGACUCCGCCCCUUCACUGUCCAAACAGCCAAUCAGCUCCCGCAGUGGGCUGCUAGUCAGUACACAGAAGAAUAGAGAUGACUCUCCCGGUCCCAGCUCUGUGUCUGUGAAGAGUGAUGGAUCCAUGUACCAGCCAGCUAAUUUUGGAAAGACACAAAGCUGUCCAGUGUGCAAGGAGGUUUUAAAGGAUCCAGUCCAGUUCAUGUGUGGACAUGAGUCCUGCAAACAGUGUGUAACUUCAGAUCAGUCUGAUUCACCAGCAGAGGACUCCUGUCCACAGUGUGGAAAGAAAUCCAGAAUAACAUUGAAAAACCUGAAAGACAUUGAAGAUAACAAUGAUGACAUCAAACUGUUUGAGGCAAAGAAGACAUGGAAAGAAGCGAUGCAAAAAAAAUUUUUUUUGGUGUCUGAAGGUAACAGUGACAAGCCGAGUCCUUUGAACAACAUCUAUACAGAGCUCUACAUCACCACUGGGCAGAGUGAAGGGCCUCGCACAGAGCAUGAGUUCAGAUAUGGCACAAGUAAACUGGAAACGUGUUCAUCAGUCAGUCUGAGUGACAUCUUCAGACCGUUGCCUGAUCAAGACAAACCUCACAGAACAGUUGUGACGAAGGGCGUCGCAGGAAUUGGAAAAUCAUUUUCUGUGCAGAAGUUGAUUCUUGACUGGGCCGAAGAGAAGGCAAACCAGGAUGUAGACUUUGUUUUCAGUCUUGCUUUCAGAGAGCUGAAUUUGAUUACAGGUGAAAAAAGCCUACAUGAGCUCCUGACUUUAUUUCACCCCACACUGUCUGAACUCAAAGAUUCAGUGGAUUAUACCAAAACCAAGAUUGUCCUGAUCCUGGACGGUCUGGAUGAAAACAGGUUUCAUCUGGACUUUGAAGGCUUUAAGACUAUAACAUCUGUCAAGGAAGCAGCACCUGUGAGGGAUCUCCUAGCAAACAUCAUCCAGGGUAACCUUCUUCCUGAUGCAAACCUCUGGAUUACUUCCCGUCCAGCAGCAGCCAAUCAGAUC